UGUGUCACCUGCCUCCCGCCCAGGGGCAUUGCCCGGCGCUACCCUGCCCGUGUGCGUGUGGCAGUGGGACACUGGGGCCUGCUCCCCGGAGCCUUCAGAGCGAUCACGGACCUUACGAGCCCUAUGUUGCUGGACCCCCAGAACACAGAACAUGGCGGAUGGGGCACAGGCCAACCCCAAAGUGUUGAGGAAGAAGGUGCUGGUUAGGCACCCCUCCGGGUGGAGGGGCCCAAGUCUCAGGGCCUCUUUUCCUUGGAGAACCUCGAGGUCCAGCUUGGGUAUGAAGAAAUUCUUCACCAUGGUCGUCCUGGCCGGCAGCGUCCUGCCCGCAGCCCGCAGCAGCCUGCUUAACCUGAAGUCCAUGGUGGAAACCAUCACAGGGAGGAGUGCCAUCUUGUCCUUCGUGGGCUACGGCUGCUACUGUGGACUAGGAGGGCACGGGCUGCCCAUGGAUGAGGUGGACUGGUGCUGCCACGCCCAUGACUGCUGCUACCAGAAGCUCUUCGACCUGGGCUGCCACCCCUAUGUGGACCACUAUGAAUACACCAUCGAGAACAAUACUUCCAUCACCUGCAGUGAGCUCAACGAGACUGAGUGUGACAAGCAGACCUGUGAGUGUGACAAGAACGUGGUUCUGUGCCUCCGGAACCAGACGUACAAUGAGAAGCAUCGCAACUACCUCAACAUCUACUGUCAGGGCCCCACGCCCAACUGCAGCAUCUACGAGCCGCCCCUGGAGGAGGCGGCCUACAGGCACAUCUCCCCCACUCCCCCUGCACCUCCCUAGUGCCCCCCGGGGCUGACGGGCAAGAGGGAUGGAGGUUCUGGCUCUGGGGACCAGACAGGCAGACCAGGUGGAGAUGGGGGAAGACUGAGAGCCCAGGGCUUUCUGGCUGCUUCCUCCCUGGAACUCUCCAGGGGACCGGCCCCAGAGGACUCAGGGAAGCCUGGGUCCUGACUGUGGCUCCCAGGCCCCUCCAGCCCAGCACUGGGCGUGGCCAUGUCCUACCGCUGAUCCCAGACUUGGCAGGAAACAUGUAGCCUGUUGGGGUCUCUCUUGAGUGUGGAGGGCAAGGCCUGAGGAAAAGAGGUGGCUCCUCUGAGUGGUCUCUGCCACGGGCCCCAGCUUGACUUCCUCGGCUUGACUGUCAAGGUUAGAGACCAAGAUCCUGAGCUGCCAGUACAGCCCCAGAGCUUGAUGUGUCCUCAGACAGGUUCCCAGACAGACAGAGUGCUGGUCCCGAGGUUCUGGGGGCCUCUUGGCUGCCCCUAAGGGACAACCCUGGGCGCUCCUUGCUUUGAGGGCCUAGUGGCUCUCUAGAGCCCCCUUAAGGGCAGGGUGGCCCAUGAGUCCAGGCCCAGACAUCACAGGAGGGCCACAGGUCUAGUGUCUCAGCCACAAGGUCUGGCCUCAGAUCAGGCUCGGGGGCGCUGACGGAACCCCCAUGCCCAGUGGCACUCCCUUAGGUGCAUGGGGAUCAGGACGGGGCCACAAAUAUGUCUCCAGCACCCUCACGUCUCCCCCCACCUCCCUGCUAACCCGGCCCAGCCAUACGGCACUGCUCUGAGGUGCACCGGACCCCACCCCCGUGCCUCUCCUCCUGUAGCAGCUGGGCCGGUGGGUGGGAGGACCCCAGACCCCUCUCUCCCUGCCAGGGAGACGCAAGGCUGCACUCUGGUCUCAGAAGCCCUGUCAGUGGGGAGGAGGCCGAGGGCUGGGACCCACCUCCCUGAAGGGGAAACAAAGGCAGGAGAGUCCAGGUCCAGGCAGGAGGCUUGGAGAAGAUUCCAGAAGGCAGUGGGAGGGAACUGCAUGAGACAGAAGGGAGGGGAGACGGUGGGAGAGAAGUGGGACAAGGCGAGACGCCCAGACCAGAGGGGUCUCGGCAGGAGAAGUGGGGUGAAGGAGCCUUGGGGUGCAGGGGCCCCCUUGGGCCCAGGUUCCUGUUGAGGGUUGUGGGCAGAGAUGGAAGAGAGUCAGCCCCCGCGGGGCCAGCUUCCUGACUCUGUGCCAGCACUGCUCUCUCUCCAGGUGCACCUGCCCCUUUCCUGCCUUGCCUCGCCUCUCGACCUCAAGGUCAGCAGCCUCCAAGUAGCCAGCGUGCCCUGCCUCACCCCGAGGACAGACUGACACAGCGCUGAGACCCGCCCAGACACCAUCAGCCAUCAGGAAGCUUGGCCCGCCCUGCGAGGGGCCUGUAGAUCCACUGUCACUAGGGCCAGUCAUGAAAGGCAGAGGCAGCAGAGGAGUGGGGGUGGGGAGAGAACAUCUCCCCCCAGAAUAGCAGGACUGGGAAGAAGCCUCGCCUUGCUGCAGCUUCUAGAACGCUAGCCCUGGGGACUGAGGAUGAAUUUGGUGGUUGGAGUCAGCUGUUACUAUGCGUGAGAGAAAGCCCUUCCAACCGUUCACCUCCUUUUGGCCCUGGUGUGGUGGCUGUGGUCCCCAGUGUGUCUCAUCACUCAUAUCUUCUUUCUUUUUUUUUAAUGCUUUAUUUAUUUUUGAGAGAGAGACAGAGACAGAGACAGAGAGACAGAGUGCGAGCAGGGGAGGGGCAGAGAGAGAGGGAGACACAGAAUCCGAAGGAGGCUCCAUGCUCCGAGCUGUCAGCCCAGAGCCCGAUGAGGGGCUCGAACUCAUGAGUCGUGAGAUCAUGACCUGAGCCGAAGUUGGCCGUUUAACCGACUGAGCCACCCAGGCUCCCGCUGACAUCUUCUUCUACCCUGGCUAACUAACCUCUCCCGGCCAUCUUGGGCUGGUCCCUUAUCUCUGAGCUGAAGCCCCUCUAAGCCAGGGUGGAGCCAGGAUGGGGCAGCCACAGUCCACUAGAAGAUGGGGUCUGCAGAGGCCCCGGCCCCUCACCUGUGGGAGCCCAGGUUUGUGCCUGCGCCCCUCUACCUUGCACACACCUCCACUCCAGAGAGUCUGGGCCAGUGUGUUGGGAUGAGAUUCUGCGGCCGAGGAGUCUCGCCUCCCCCUGCCCCCCUCACCUUGCCCCAGCCUGUCCAAGAUGCUGCGACCCCAGAUGUCCUCCACAGGACUUGGCGCCCCAUCGUCAAUCUCAUAAAGGCCUCCUGCCUCA